UGCGACCUGCGUGGGAAUCUGGGUCCGGCGAGCCGGCGAUCGAGGACCUGCGGCGGCGUCCGGUCUUCCGAUAUUCCUUGCCGGCGAUCUAAACCUCCAAGGGCAACUUAGUUGUCACCAACACCAACAGCCGAGCAGAGCAGGUGAUUGUUCCAGUUCAGGCUGCAUUCUCAUGGAAGGAGCCAUGUCGAGCUCUCCAAACUCAAGGAUUGCUCUAGUCACCGGCGGAAACAAAGGGAUCGGCCUAGAGGUGUGCAAGCAACUGGCGAGCAACGGCAUCACCGUCGUUUUGACAGCUAGGGACCAAGCUAGGGGAACGGCUGCCGUCCAGGAGCUCAAACGUCUGGGGUUCUCUGACGUUAUUUUUCAUCAGCUAGACAUCACAGAUGCCUUGAGCAUCGCUCGGUUGGUUGACUUCCUGGAGAAUCGCUUUGAGAGGCUCGAUAUCCUGCUGAAUAAUGCCGCGAUCGGUGGAACUGAACGUCCUCCACUUUGUGGUUCGAUGCCUGUCGACAAAAAGGUGCAACAGUUCGACGGCAUGGACAAGAACCAGAGACUUGAAUGGCUGUUCAAAAACUGUCGCGAGACGUACCAAGCCACAAAGCAGUGCCUGCAGACAAACUACUACGGCACAAAGCAGCUCGCCCGAGUUUUUGGCCGGCGAAAACCGGAUACAGAACCCUUUACUCGUGUUAUACGGGGCGAAAAAAUACGGGACCUGCAUGCUCUAACAGAAGCUCUCUUGCCCCUGCUCCAGUGCUCCCCUGACGGCAGAAUCGUCAAUGUCUCCUCCAGCGUUGGGUUGCUAAGGCAAUUCAGAAACGAGGAGCUAACGCAGGAGCUGAACGACAUCGACCAGCUGACCGAGAAGAGGCUGGACGACCUGCUGGAUAUGUUCCUCAAGGACUUUGAGACCGGCCGAGUGCAAGUGCGCGGAUGGCCGGCCGAGUUCCCGGCGUACAAGGUGGCCAAGGCCGCCAUGAACGCCUACUCGAGGAUCCUCCACUGGAAGCAUCCGGCGCUGUGUGUCUACUGCGCAGACCCCGGCUUCACCAGCACCGACAUGACCCUCAACACGGGUCUCCUUACGCCCGACGAAGGUGCGCGCAACAUCGUGAAGGUCGCUUUGCUGCCGGACGGCGAGCUGACCGGUGCCUACUUCCAGGAGGGCCAGCAGGCAUCGUUCCUAUGA